AUCAGCAGCUUUUUUCCGCAAGCUUUCACGACUGUUCACGACCCGAGAUGACUGACACGCACGAAGUAGUGUUCCGCUGGCCACGCACGGAGCCCAACGAGGUUAUUGCGACCGGGACGUUCGACCAGUGGUCGUGCUCGCUGCGGCUGACGAAGGGCGCGGAGGGGUUCGAGGGGCGCGCAAGGGUACCGUGGGGAGAGAAGAUAACCUACAAGUUCGUGGUCGAUGGGCAGUGGGUGACCGACAACGCGCAGCCGACGGAGUGGGACAACGCGGGGAACCUGAACAACGUGUACACCGCGCCUGCGAAGCCGGAGCCCCAGCCUGAAGCUGAGCCGGCGCCAAAGUCGACGCCUGCGCCUGCACCCGCUGCUGCCGCCGAGCCGGCGCCGACGGUGAACGGUAUCGAGAAGCACGAGGCGGAUGUUGUCGAGGAUGCCCCGCCGGCGGUGCCAGCGGCCAUCGAGAAUGUGAAGGUCGAGGAGGUCGCGCCGGUGGUCCCUGUGCCCAUCCUGCCGGUGACCGCACCGGAGACGACGACCGCCGCGGAGGUUGUUCCGCAAGCGGCGGUCGAGGCCUCGCCUGCACCCGCCGUAGAGGAGAAGGCUACUCCGGAGGAGCAACCGUCGACGCACGAGCCUGCACCCACGCCUGUUGAAGCUGUACCCGCCCCUGCGGAGGCUGCCGCCUCCGAGCCUACGCCUGAGCCGACUCCAGCUGUGGAGGAGGCAAAGGACACGGCUGCGACGCCAGUCCCUGCCGCAGAGACGCCUACACCCGCGACGCCGACCCCUGCGACGCCAACCCCUGCUGCCGAGCCCUCUGUGCCUGCAGAACCGUCAACACCGCCGCCGCCUCCGCCCGUGAACGGGACGAACGGGACCUCUGGGUCUCCUGCAGAGGAGAAGAAAGAGCCUGUGACGCCUGUCAAGAACGGCAAGCAGCGGUUCUCUUCUGAGCAGUCGACGUCGCCGUCGAGCCCGGCGAGCAGCACCUCCCGCUUCAGCAGUGCGCGCAAGAAGCGCGGUUCGGUCUUUGGCACCGUCAAGGGCAGCUCGUCGCCUUCUGAGCCAGGAUCGCCCGACAGUACGAUCAAGGCAAGUAGUAUGCGCAAGAAGCGGACCUCCAUCUUUGGGUCCCUCAAGGGCGUCUUCUCGUCACCCAAGAAGGAGGAAAAGAAGGGGAAGGAGAAGACGGAAAGCAAGUGAUUGCAUCUUUCACUUUGUUCUAUUUCCUCCAUGGCGUCCCGGCGAUACCUACCCCUCCUCUGUCCUGUUCUCGCUCGCAGCCCUUUUGCAUAUCUCUCGGAACGUACAAUGUUCUACCCCUACCACACUUUGCCAGGCUUGGCUUUUCCAUAGACUUAGUAGUCGGUUGACUACCGAUGUUCGCUUUCACCUCGUACCCCUUUGUUGUGCUACCUCUUCAGUCAUGGAUCGGAUCGUAUUAGUCAGUCUCUUUUGGUACUUGACAGGAAUGAUAGACCUGUGGGUGUCCAUGCCA